AUGGCACAGCCUACGGAUGGCUAUGUACGAUCUAUAAAGGCAGGGUGCAGUUUCGAGCGACUUGCAGUGUGCUCAUACGAAAGUGCCGGUCGUGUUCUUCCAUUUGAAAGCACUGGGGGUAUUAUGAUACAUCCGGAUCGUAUCCCGAGGAUACAGCACCCUGAGGCUCGACAUAAGGUGUCAAAGGUUCAGACGAAGCGAAAGCCUAUUGAGACGACUGACUCCUACCCGCCGCUGACAGAGCUACAGUUCGGUACCGAUGCAAUCCGGAUUGGUUACUUCCCUGGUAACUCGGGAAAUUGGCUCACGACCUCAAAUACUGUGUGGGACGGAAGGGCGCCGCCAGUAGAUCGUAAUCAGCCACCGAUGUAG